AUGAGCGUUCUUUGCUACUUUAAAACUCAAUCGAGCGCAUCACUAAACAUGUUGCACCUGAUGUUCAAACUUCUCGCAUUUGCUUGUCACUUGAUGGGGAUUGACGAUACAUGUAGGAAAGAAAAAAAACCCAAGUUUAGUGAUUUCAUUAUAAAUCAUCAGAUGUUACACAUACCUGAAACACAUUUUAGUUACAAAGAAAGGGACGAUUUAACAUGCAAGCGUGGGCGUCUUUCGCAUUCAAGAAUCUUGUGGGUGUCAUAUCUAACUAACAUGCGGGCUAAAUAUGCCAACGACAUGAUUGAAGUUUUAAUACCUAUCGAUUGA